UUCUCACAGAACAACGGUGUUCUGUCGAUAUUGUUUUAUUUUUGAUAGUUCUAUUUGGGUUUCAUUUUGCAGCUGAUUUUAGUGGUUAUUUGUAUCAUAUAAAGUGGUGAAUACAAAUAUUUUAAUGACAAAAUGAUAUAAUAAAGAGAACACAGAAGUACUAAUUUUCAUAAUGGAUUUUGCCCGCAAGCAACUCGAAAAGUAUGGCUGGUCUGAAGGCAAGGGAUUAGGGAAGAAUGAAAAUGGAAUUUCUGCUGCUCUUAAACCAAAACUAAAAUUUGAUAAUUCAGGAGUGGGACAUGAUGCUGGAAGACAGUUCACAAACAAUUGGUGGGAAAAACUUUAUAACAAUGCUGCUGAAAACAUCGAUGUUGAAGUAGAUGGAAAAAAUGAGGUUAAAAUGAAAAUUAAAUCUGAAUAUUCAGUUGAAAUAUCAACUAAAAGUUAUUCAGUCAAAGAGCUGAAAAAGAAUAAAAAUCUUGAAUAUGGUUCUUUUCUUAAAACUGCGAAGUUAAAGGGUAAUACCGAGGAACAAUACGAUACUCCUAAAAUUUAUAAAAAUACAACAGAAUUCAAACCUCUGACUGAUGAUGAAUUAUUUGCUGCUUGUGGAGGAAGAACCGCUCAUAAAGGUGCUCGGCAUGGUUUGAAACUUGGCGGAAAAUUGUCUAGAAUAGAAAAACAAGAAAAAAUGCUGUUGAAAAAAAUGAAAAAAGUUUCUUUGUCUGAUAAUGAAACUUCUGACAAAAUAAUUACUGAGAAAAAGUUGAAAAGGGAGAAAUAUACUCCCAUUGUUGAAGACAGCAUGGAAAGUAUCUCUUCCAAUGGUUUCAAAAGGAAAAAGAAACGCAAGAGCGUUUCUUUCAACGAAACCGUUACUGUUACAGAAAUUUACGGAGAUCACGAAUUCAGUUUUGAUAGUGAAGUUGGUUCAGUAAAGGACAAGAAUAGUAAUGAACCAAAUUUAGAAAGUAUUGCUAGCGGAUCAGAUGAAGGCAUUGAACAGGAUAUAGAAAACAAUAAUAACGAGCAGCAAGACAAUCAUAAGAGUUUUGAAGUUGGACAAUUCAACAUUAGCGAUCUCUCAAAAGCUGAACGAAAGAAACUAAAGAAGAAGAGAAAACUAGAAGCUAAGAAAACUUCUGCAACUGGAACUUUCCUUCAGAAACUCAAUGAUGGCGUUGAUCUCGAACUAACUCAAUUUGAGGAUAAGGAUAAGAAUUUGAAAAAGAGAAAGUUUUUGGAAGACUUUGAACAGAAUGAUCACAAAAGUGAACUUUCAAAGACUGACUCGCCAGGAAAGCACAAAAGGAAAAGAAAUAGGGCUAAGAAAAAACAAAAACGCAUGGAAGAAAAGCAAAUCAACUCUAUUGUACGAUCUCUCGACAAUGUUUGCCGUAUAUCAGAAAGUGAUUCAGUUGAAUAGGAUGAAUAAUGAGUGUAUUUUAGGUUACUAGGAAAGUUUGAGGUGGUUCUGGUUGGAAUUUUUGAAAAUUUAUUUGAGGGUUUUUUUGUAUGAUUCAAUAAAAUCUAUAGUGAUUUAUGGAAAAAAUACAUUACUAUUUUUGUAUUACAAGCGACAUUACAAUUAUUCCCAAACCAAACUUUAAAAAGCCCUCUCAACUUGUUUAUAUUGUUUAUAAUGUUAUUAAUGGUGAUUUUCUCAACAUCUGAAUAAAGACAACACUAACACGUUA